AUGUCUUCUCUUUCCACACCAAGCAUCAUUAAACCUCCUUUCACUCUCGAAACAGCCCUCCAAAAGGUGAAAUUUGCACAAGAUGCUUGGAAUUCUAAAGACAUUGAUCGUAUAUGCAAAGCCUACACUCCAGAUUGUGAAUGGAGAAAUCGAAGUGAAUUCCUGAAAGGACAUUCCGAAAUUCGUGAAUUCCUUCAACGCAAAUUUUCAAAUGAAUUGGAUUACAAAUUGGAGAAGCAGUUGUUUGCUUUUUUGGAUGAUCGAAUUUCUGUUCAUUUUGAAUAUGAAUAUCAUAAUGAAGAAGGUCAAUGGUUCCGUGCAUAUGGAAAUGAAAAUUGGAAAUUUGAUCGCGAGUCGGGCUUGAUGAAGAAACGUGACGCUAGUAUCAAUGAUGUGAAAAUCGAGGAAAGUGAAAGAAGAUUCAAGUAA